AUGGACGGCACGAGUAGCAGCCCUACGAGUAGUGAUACUAGUCAUAGCAGUAGCAGCAAUAGUAAGAAGAGAGCAAGAUACCCCUCCGAUUCCAACGAGAACACAACCUUUGUAACAACCUCACAACAACCCAAAAAAAGGGCAUCCACAUCAAGAAAAUCAAACAUUAAAAACCAAACAGAACAGCAAUCUCAAAAUCCCGAAGAUGAAGAAAAAAGAAAAAAUUUCUUGGAGAGAAAUAGAAUAGCGGCUCUGAAAUGUAGACAGCGUAAAAAGCAAUGGUUACAGAACCUACAACAAAAAGUUGAGUAUUUAGCAGCAGAUAAUGAGCAAUAUCAUCUACAAGUAAACGCAUUACGGGAAGAACUGAUCCAGUUACGGUCACUGUUAAUGCUGCAUAAAGAUUGUUCUCAGCGUACGAAAGAAGACAUGAUGAAUGCAUUGAACAGGCCCAUACCGGGCAUGGGCAAUGUCGGUGGUAGUACUUCUGCCAAUACGGCGAGCACAGCCAUGUUACAGUCAUCGCUUCCGUUAUCUCAAAGUCAUCGUCAUCAACAGCAGCAAGGUCGUUCGCAACAACAACAAACCGCUGUAGUAAUGGGAGCAGGAGGGUUAGCCUUCUAUAACGCAGCUGCUUCUAAUAACAACAGCCAUAAUCAUCAACAAUUACAACGGAACCUCAUGAAACUGUCUGUGAACAGCAGUAAUAAUAACGAAGAACAGCAUCUUUUAAAGACAGAGGAGUUUAUUCUGUGA